UUUGACUUUGGAUAAAAAUACACUUAUUCCAGCAAGUGAAUUAAUCAUUACGACCCUUCGUACUUCCGACAAGUUUAUAAUUGAACGUGUCUUUACAUCUAUGAUUGAUAAGGAACCUUUUGUUCACAAACGAUGUCUUUCAGAUAUUCAUUUAGUCCUGGAAAAUUUUUUAGAAUUAACCACUGAUAAUGAUAUGGUGCAUGGUAUUUAUGAAGUGCUCAUUAGACCUGGUCAAAUAUCUUUCAAUCAUAAUGAAGAUAUUAAUUUAAGUGGUAAAAAAAUACUAGAGAGUAAUAAAGAAAAUCAGCUCCCGUUGACUCCUUCAGAAAACAAUAACAAAGAAAAAGAUUUGAAAUAUCAAGAAGAGCAUAAGAAGACCGUUGAAUUUUCACUUAAUGCUGCUAGUCCGUCAACUGUAGCAAAGCCAGAAAACUUUUUUAAGACCCAAAUAAAAAGUCCAAUCAAUAAUGGUCGCCCACUCAAAAAUACAAGUCCUCCAAUAUUCUUUUACCAUAAUGUAUUUGAAAUGGUUCAUGAGUUUACUCUCACUUUACUAUACGAUGGCCUUAUACAAUUUGGUUCACAAAUAUUGUUUUUUGCUUUUGGCUGGAUAUUUUUAGUAAAGAAACUAUUCAAGGAUUAUGAGUCCUCUACUGACCGUCGCGAUGCUCAAUUCGAGAUGGUUUUGCUGGAAGGUUACUCUAUAUAUAUUACUCUUCCUCGUGAUUAUACUUAUGCCAUUUUAUCAACUAUAUCUCAUAAUAACGAAAAUACAAGAAAAGUCGGUGACUUUUUCCCCAUCGAAAAAACCACUAGUGCAGCAGAAAAAAAUGAUUUUUCAUCAAGUGUCACCGAUUCUACAAAAACUCCACAAGGUGAUGUUUUUAUACAAUUCGGCAUGAGUCGUGUAGGUGUAAUAGGUGUAACUAUUAUGGCGAUAUUAUCGGGAUUCGGUGCAGUGAACAGUCCAUAUGCCACAUUGUUUUUCUUUCUGAGACAAGUCACUGACGCGGAUAUACAAGCUGCCGAAAAGAAAUAUAUUCAAACAUUAGAUAUAAUCAUAAGUAAAAAAAGGCGCAUUUUGAUUUCUCAAGCGCGUCAGAGAAGUGCUGUAGAGCAAGGUUCUCGAGUUGGUGGAUUUAUGCGAAAAAUGAUUAACACAAUGACCAAUCAUAUGGGAAUGGGCGGCGAAAACAUUGGAAUGUUACGUCAAGAAGUCGUUGGACUAGAAAAUCUUAGUCGCCAAUUAUUUAUAGAUAUUGAUGAUUUAUAUCAAGAACGGUUUUUCCGAGCUGUUUCGAAUUCGGUAUCGCGAAAUGACAUUGUUUUAUUAUUGGCACAAAUAAUGGGAAUGGUCGAUAGAAUUCAAUUUCUAUCAUCGAUGGCAAAUAAUAGUAAUGUCAUGCUUUCCUCUGCUUCGAUGAAUUCCAUAUCUACUGGGUCUAGUGAUUCCCCUAAUUAUUCACCCUCUGGUAUGGGAAAUAAUAAAGUAGGAGACAAGUGGACGGGUUUAGUGCCGUCUUUCGUCGAUAGACCAAAAUGGAUUCGUUUACCAACACUAGUUCUCUCUUCAAAAAGUUCUUUUGCAGCAAAGUUAAGAGGGGAUUCCGUAUCACAAAAGCCUUUUAAACCUUCUGAAAUGGCAAAGAAAUGGGAGAGGUUACCGGAAGGUUUGCGAGCAAAUGUUCCUCCAGUGAUUAAGGGAAGGAAUACCAAUCUUAUCGAGAUCAAAAACCUACCAUAUACAGUAAUCCCUCGUGACAUCAAAAUGUUAGCGGGUGAUACAUCUAAGGGUUUCACAGGAUCAGUUAUGGCACGUUUUCAUACCGAAAAGGAUGCAGAGCGAUUCAUGGCAAGGAAUUCCAUGACAUCAUUAUGUGGACAUAAAUUGGACAUGGUUACCCAUUCGAAAUAUUAUGAAUUUCCGCGAAGAAUGCCUCAACAUUUACGUAGGGAACCAGGAAAUUGCAUCAUUGUAACAGGAUUUCCAGUUAAUAUUGCAAUUGAUAGUAUAAAAGAAACGCUCGUAUCGGAUUAUCCAGGCAUCUCAAAUACACUCUGCGAACAAUUUAUACCAUUACCAAUAUCUGGAGUUGCACCUAUGUCAUCCAAAUGGUUACUUGUAUUUAAAUCAAAGCAAGAGGCAUACCAAAUGGUAAGAAAAUUGCAUAAUACUUAUUUCCGAGGUGAACAGAAUGGCAAGAAAUAUCCAUUAAAAGCCAGAGUUGUAUAUUAA